UCAUGGUAUCGAGCCACCACCGUUCGUAUGCACUUGCAGCACAGCCCCCCCCUCCUGUCGCAGAGCCUGUUUAUUGUCUGUCUGGCAGUUAAAUUCACUUGCAAACGCGCUCAUCUUGUGGUCCUUCUAUCUACCCCUCUGGCGUCCCCUCAUCCCCCUCUUCUCUCCAUCUUCUCUCCAUCUCAUUUGCCCUCUCUUUCCUCCCUGGUCAGGAAGACCUGUGCUUCUGAUCGCCAUAGCAUUGCUUGUGGUCGCCAUAGCCUUGCUUGUGAUCGGUAUAGCCUUGCUGCUGGUAGCUAGCCAGCUCGUCCAGCCGUAAAGUGCGGGUGUUGGGCGAGGACGAAGUGCUGUGCUGUCGUCGGGAGGGAGAGACGGGUGGGCCGCGUGUCCCAUCCCCCUGCGCUUUUGUGGGAGGCAGCAACGAGCUGGGUGAAGCGCCAUCGCUAACUUUGUGAUUAGCUCUCGAGCGGGGAAUCAACCAAAGCCAUUAGCUCGCGGACCGCGGCAAGCGUAAGCAACGACUGACCGAACCCUCUCCAUCUCCGACGACAUCGAGGCAGCAGCAGACGCAAACGGAGCUCAGCAAGAACGAUCAGCCAGGGUGGUGGCGAGAGAGAGAGAGAGAGAGAGAGAGAGAGAGAGAGAGAGAGAGAGAGAGAGAGAGAGAGAGAGAGAGAGAGAGAGAGAGAGAGAGCGAGAUGUCGUCUAGCGUGAGCAGAAUGCUGGUGAAGGUGAUGUCGGGGAUUCCGAAGGGCCAUCAGCUGAGCGGGGCUGGGUUACGUAGGUUUACGGGGGUCGUCAGCGUGAGCGACGCGGAGGCGGCGGUUCCGUCAUCGACGGCGGGGAUCCGUGAUGGCGAUGUUGUGGAUUACGGCGUGGAGUCGUUUGACUCUGCGCCGGACGAUGAGUCGCGAUCCCAUUCGCAUUCGCUAUCUGGCGACGAUCUCGUGGGCGACGUGUCGCAGUCGUCCUCUGAUCCGUCGGCAGGCGAAGGAAUUAGAGGGGGUGCGUCGAACCGUAACCGGAGGCCUCAACCCCCCCCAAAGAAGGGUAAAGGGGGUGUGUCGUACGUCUGGGAGAAGGGUGAGAUCCUCGGCAGCGCCUUCUGAUGAUGAGAGGCACAAUAAAGUCAGAUAGAGUCGGACUGUAAUUACAUUAUCCAUUAUCCAACAAUAAUAAUCCUGUCAAGUGUAUCCGAUAAUCAUAUCCGUUAUGCGUGAUCCGCCGUCUAUUAUCUUUUAUCCCUGGAUCUUUGUUCCUCAGGCUUGGGUUGUUGAAAGCGGGACAGCGAAUGUGGUCAUCCUCUCUAUAUGUAGAGUGAAUAAAAUAAAAGGUGUCGAUUCACAGCGAAAAAAAUAAAAAUGAACAAACCUUCAGCCGGCAUUCGCCUCUUAUCCACUUUUUAGCUUUUUCUCCUCCUACUUUCGAUCUGAGCUGCGGGAGAUUACUCAUCUAACCGUGGGGCUCGACUGGGUUCGCGCUACUCGGCCACACUGCUGGAGAUUCCAUCUAACCCCACGGAGGGAGGUUCCAUCCAACCGGGUGAAGUCUGCCUCAUCAGCCUGAGGAAGCUUCUUUGUAAUUACUUACGGGCGUGAGUGGCUUCGCUAUUUGUCAAUAGCCCACGGUUAGACAAGAACGGAUGAAGUCGGUGGGACUGCUGGUCGCGUAGUAGAUAGAUGCACAGAAUGUCGGUGGUGACUAGGAGGAAGUGUGAAGGAGAGAGAAGAGAAGAUAAUUGGGAAAAUGACGAGAAUGUGGAAGUCGUGGGAUAGAUAGAUGCAUUCAUUGAGGCGGAGACAUGCACUGAAUGGAGGAGACUAGGAUUUAGAAGGCGUAGGAGAGAGGGGCAUUGAUAGAGGGGAAAGCAUGGGAAAUGGAGGACAAGAAGGGCGGGUGGAUACAUGUGGAAGUGUAUGCGCAGACAGGUAACCAAGAUACAGAGAAAGGAUAGAAAGAUGGAUCAUAGAGGUACAUAGGAAGGAUAGAAAGAUAGUCAGAGUUAUUGACAUAUCGAUGGUUAAAGCGACAGACAACAGACAGAUACAUAGUUAGAUAAGAUACAUAGACAGAUAGAUAGAUAUAGAUAGAUAGAUAGAUAGAUAGAUAGGGCGGGUGGGGAUUUCACUAGUGUAUUUGAACGUGGUUCGACAUCAGCUUUCUCAACGCAGCGAGACCAUUUUGGAGUGUACAGACGUAUCUCUGCCCUCUCUUCCAGCUAUGUUUCACUUGAGUGGUGAUGGUUACUUGGUACUUGGUGGUACUUGGUGGUACUUGGGUUGGUGGUACUUGGGGUUGGUGGUACUUGGUGGUACUGGGGUUGGUGGCACGUGGUGACUUUGACUAAUUAGUUUGUGUUUUUUGUCUACCCCUGGUACUUGGUUUUAGGUGUGUUACGCUUUUAAGCUUUCAGUUGAGUGUUGAUUUUGACUACUUGGUACUUGGUGUUGUAUAUCUGCCCUCUCUUCCAGCUAUGAGACCAUGAAGUUGAGUGGCGAUUUUGACUAAUUGGUACCUGGUGGUACGUGGUGACCAGGUACUUGGUGACUUUGACUAACUGGUACGUGGUGACCUUGCCUACCUUUUAUUUGGUACUUGGGUAUGUGACCCUUUCAGUUGAGUGUUGAUUUUGUCUACUUGGUACUCGGUGGUACUUGGUGACUUUCACUAGUUGUUACGUGGUGACUUUGCCUAUCCGGUACUCGGUGAUUUUGACGAUUUGGGACUUGGCACUUGGUGGCUGUGAUUAAUUGCUGCGUGGUGACUUUGCCUACCUGCUACUUGGUACUUGGUAAUUGGUGUAUUUGACUUUGCCUACCCGGUACUUGGUACUUGGUACUUGUGGUACUUGGUGUUUUGGACCUC